AUGUUGACAAGAUACGCUCGACGGUUGCUUACGAAUUUAAAGGCGAUUAACAUUUACAGCUCUUGGGCAAGCGAUAAGUUUUGCAAUAAUGCGCGACAAAACUUGUUGCUGCUGCUACUUUCCCUUCUGGGAGCAGCAAUGGCAAUGCCCACCAAUCAGGAAUUUGGACGCAUUGUGGGUGGCACCGAUUUGGCCAUACAUAAUGCACCCUGGCAGGUGUCCAUUCAGUUGAGCGCUCGUCACAUUUGCGGCGGUAGCAUCUACAGCAAGGACAUCAUCCUGACAGCGGCACACUGUGUAAAGGAUAAAUCUGUGACUCUAUUGCAAGUGCGUGUGGGCUCCAAUCGACACAAUGCUGGCGGCACACUCAUCCCAGUGGCUACCUACAAGCUACACGAGCACUUCGAUCCAUAUCUCUUGCAUUACGACAUUGCCCUGCUGCGUCUGGCCACGCAGAUCAGCUUCAGUCUCUCCGUUAAACCGAUUGCAUUGGCUGCAACGAGUCCUUCAGGUGGCAGCAGUGUCUUCGUCAGUGGUUGGGGCAACACGGAAGAAGAGAACACUGCCAUUGGCACUGGUAAAUACUCGAGUAGUUUGCAAUUGGUGCAGCUGCAGAUUAUCGAGCGUGACGAUUGCUCAUCGGCCAAAUACGGCUAUGGCUGGGAUUUUGUGGGACAGGAAAUGAUAUGUGCUGCCACUGACAAUAAGGAUGCCUGCACUGGCGACUCGGGUGGUCCCCUGGUCUCCGCCAGUUUGCUGGCUGGCAUUGUCUCCUGGGGCCACGGCUGUGCUCAGCCCAAUUACCCAGGUGUCUAUGUCAAUGUGGCCGUCAUGCGUUCCUGGAUAAUUAAGACGGCAAAUGAAGUAUAAAAAUUUAAUUUAAAUUCUGGGCUAUUACAUUUUUUAUAAAAUAAAGUCUAUAUAAAACUGAACGAACACAAAUUUUAUAAUCGCGCGAAUUUCUAAA